UUGUUUUAGGGCUUUUAUCAUUUAAGGACAGCAACGGCUGGACGUACCACUCUUCAGAGGAAGACAUGGAUUACCAAAAUGCAGAGAAAUGGUGUAAAACCCAUUUUACCCAGCUGGUUGCUAUUCAGAAUAAAGAGGAAAUUCAGUACUUAAAUGCAACGUUUCCUAGAAAUUCAAAUUAUUACUGGAUUGGAAUCCGAAAAAUUGAGAAUGAAUGGAAAUGGGUUGGAACAAACAAGCCACUGACUGAAGAAGCUAAAAACUGGGCUGCAGGUGAACCAAACAACCAGAAGAAGAAUGAGGACUGUGUGGAAAUCUAUAUAAAACGAACCAAAGAUUCAGGAAAGUGGAAUGAUGAACCAUGUCAUAAAACUAAAAGAGCUUUGUGCUAUAAUGCAUCUUGUACUCCAAAUUCCUGCAGCAGUCGUGGUGAAUGUAUAGAGACAAUUAACAAUUACACCUGCCAGUGCAACAAAGGGUUCUAUGGGCGUGACUGUGAACAUGUAAUUACUUGCAAUCAACUGGAAGACCCAGAUCAAGGUAUCUUUACGUGCAAACAUCCAGUACAGGAUUUCAGCUUUAAUUCUUCUUGUGAUGUUCAGUGCAAGGAAGGUUACAAACCAACUGGGACAGAAUCAAUCACAUGUACCUAUUCUGGAAAAUGGUCUGCACCAUCUCCAUCCUGUAAAGUUGUGGAAUGUCGUGUACUGCAGAAGCCUGCUCAUGGUUUCUUCAACUGCUCCAGCCCCUCUGAAAAUUAUGCCUGGAAUUCUUCUUGCAAUUUUUCUUGCAAAGAAGGUUUCUUUUUGAAAGGCUCCAAUAAGCUCCAGUGUGGUGCAUCUGGGGAAUGGGAUGGCCAGGAGCCCACGUGUGAAGUGGUGAAAUGUAAAGCAGUACCUCAGUCAGAAGGAAGCAUUGUGAAUUGUUCCCAUAAUGACACAGAACUGAAGUAUGAGUCAACCUGUGAUUUUGCUUGUGCAAAGGGCUACACUUUAAGAGGGUCACCACAGAUUCAGUGCUCGUCAGGUGGACACUGGACACAGCCAAUUCCUGUUUGUGAAGCUGUGCAUUGCAGUGAACUACAGCCUCCAGCUAAUGGCUCCAUGAACUGCUCUGGUCCUUCUGCAAACUUUGCCUGGAAUUCAACCUGUAAAUUUGCUUGUGAAGAAGGGUUUAAACUGAAUGGAUCCAGUGAACUCCAGUGUGGUGCUUCUGGACACUGGGAUGAAUCACAGCCAGAAUGUGAAGCAGUAAAAUGUGCAGCAGUUCAGCCGCCUGAAAUGGGAGAAGCCAAACAUUCCUCUGCUGAUACAGAUCCAAUUUACAACUCAGUCUACGAAUUCAGUUGCAUGGAGGGUUACACCUUGAAAGGAUCAUCCCGGAUUCAUUGUUCAUCAAAUGGUGAAUGGUCUGAUCCAGUUCCUAAAUGUGAAGCUUCUCCAGCACUUGGGAGUUUCUUAGCAAUUGGUACAUCAGUCAUUGGAGUCUCUGUCCUGUCCGUGGUAUCAUUCAUCAUCUGGAUCCUAAAGCAUCUUCAAAGAAAAAGUAAGACAUUUUCACAUCUGUUCAGUUUCCCCAGCCUUGAUUUAGAAGAUAGUUUCCAAGCUCAGUUGGUUUAAUCAAGUAAGUUAUGAAGAAAGCUACAGUAGUUUAUUUCUUUUAAUGGUACACAGAAUGGUGGAUCAUUGCUGGAGGCCAAGAGCACAGUGCAGUGGUAGAGUGCUUACUAUAUAAUGUGAAAACAGCCAAGAGAAGAUGCUAACAUUUCCAGUAAGGAAUGUUAA